AUGGGCGAAGAUCUGCAGGCGGGCAUCUUCUUCUUCGGCAGCUCCAACAGUCUGAUAAACCCGCUCAUCUACGGCGCCUUUCAUCUGAUUCCGAUCCGGAGGCGGAAUAAUCAGUACAAUCAACAUGUAAGGGAAGGAUCGGUGUAUUUUCAACGCUCUUCUACCUGCAACAAUCAGAAUGGCGCCACACCCCUCCAUCACUCGCAGCAGCAGAAACCACAAUAUUUGCAACAGCAGCACCACCAUCAUUCGUCUCAGCAACGGCAACAGCUGCAGCGAAACAACUAUCUCUCGUCAACGGCCAGCGCUACGGCUGCAGCGGCCCAUAUCGAUCCACUGUCUGCCGACGCCAUUGCAUCGAACAACAACAACAGCACCACCAGCAGCAGCGGCAACAACAACAACAACAAUAGACAGCAAUACUCGCGCUCUCAUUCGCGAUCCCACUCCCGAUCGCAUUCGUACUCGCGCUCGCAAUCACACUCGCAGUCGCACUCGUGUUCGUAUCACGAUUCACAUUCGCAUCACGAUUCCUACUCCGGACAGCCGGACAACGGCCAAUCCCGAUCGCCGUCCAAUCUGGCCGAGGAAAUAUCGCUGAUGGCACUAGAACGGGAUCUGAAGACGCUGGACGAAAGUGCCAACCAGAUUCAUCUUCGAAGCACCAAUGGGUCCCUGGCCAGCAAGCGAAGCCUGACGAGGAAAUUUUUCACGCUGACGCUGCUCCUGAGGCGAACGAGACCGACGAAGCUGUAAAGCGUGGGGAGGAAUAUACGACCCCCACGAGAUGAUGCUGUGCUGGCUCCAGAAAGCAAGUUUUAGAUAUAAGCGCCAUUGUAAAUAGAUUCAAACAUGCAUUUAGCGCCAGAAAGCAAGCAACAAAACAGACAGGACAUAAUCGUAUCGCGCGAACAGGGUUGCCAGAGGGAUGCCA